AUGUUCAAAAGAGGGAUGCUACUGUAUAUUUUUUUUUCUUUUGAAAAACUGAAAGACACACACCUUUUAUUUGUACAUAUAAGAAACCUUUUCUAUACUAUUGAAGAACUUAUUUUGAAGUCAGUUAAUACAAUAUUUACAUCUCGUACAAUGGAAGUCGUGCAUAAAACUACAUCUAGUCAACUAGAUCAAAUAUUUUCAGAUGGAUGCAAAGAGAUUUUUUUCAUAGGCAGAUUACUAAGAAACAAGGACAGCUUUGCUAGUCAGGUAUCGAAUAAAAGUUUAAUGAAUUCAUAUAACGGCCAUAGUCUCAAAGUAGAAGCUUGUAUGUCUACUAUAAAAAUUAUUCUAUUAAAAUUAAAGGCAUGGGUUGUCACGGUUCUCGAAAUUAGGAGUGGUAAACACAUAAUAUGUAGAAACCACCAAGAAGCAUCAGACUACCAAUCUUGGUAUAAGGAUAUUUUCGAUAAGGACUACAGUGAUUUUGAGGGUGAGGAGUUCGAAUUAGACAACCUGUUGAUCUGA